AUGAAUAAUCAAUUACGUAUUAAAGCUUCAAUAGAUAUUGUUCGUUGGGUCACAUUUCAAGCAUGUGCUUUUAGAGGGCAUAAUGAACGUUCAGAAUCAAAAAACCGAGGUAAUUUUCUUAAAAUGAUGAAACUUUUAGUAUCAUACAAUGAACAAGUAUGUGCUCUUCUUUUGGGUAAUGCUCCACAAAAUGCUAAAUACACCUCACAUCAAAUUCAAAAAGAAAUUUUGCAUGUCUUUGCUAGAAAUGUUCAGUCUUCAAUUCGUCAUGAGAUUGGUGAUGCAAGAUUUUGUUUAAUUGUAGAUGAAGCUCGAGAUGAAUCUAGAAGAGAGCAAAUGUCCAUUGUUAUUAGGUUUGUUGAUAGAAGUGGAUUUAUACGAGAACGAUUUUUGGAUAUAGUUAUUAACAUUGUUAGUGCUUCUUGUAAGCGUAAUGAUGUUCACACUUUCUGUUAUAAUUUGAUUUUUGUUAUUAACAUUGUUAGUACUUAUUGUAAGCGUAAUGAUGAAUUACAGGCUUUUCAAUCAGUUACAAUUGAACAUUUAGUUGAUAUUGGUGAGAUUGAAAUGGGUAAAGGAGUUAAUCAAGUAGGUGGUUUGCAACGACCUGGAGAUAGCAGAUGGAGUUCACACUUCAAAUCAAUUUGCAGUUUGAUAAAAGCGAUCGAGCUUCUUAAGUUGAGCACAGCUUUAGAUCCUAGAAAUAGCUAUAAAUUAUUCAACGUUGAAGAUAUAUGCUUACUUGUUGACAAGUUCUAUCCUCAAGAUUUUUCUAACCAAGAAAAAAUUCAUUUGAGACUUCAUUUGCAACAUUAUGAGCUUGAUGUAUCCAAUCAUCCAAAGUUAAAGAGCAUGUUAUCGAUUGCUGAUUUAUGUCAAGGAUUGGUUGAAACAGAAAAAUCAACAAUUUAUACACUAGUUGACAGGUUGAUUCGGCUUAUUUUGACUCUUCCUGUUUCGAUAGCAACUACUGGACGAGCUUUCUCAGCGAUGAAGAUUAUUAAAAUAAGACUUCGUAAUCAGAUGGAGGAUGAUUUUCUUUGCAAAGUUGAAUCUAAGGACGUUGAGUCUGACAGCUUGCUAGACCCAUAUCCACUUGGACUCAACACAUAA